AUGGUGAAUUACGAUGAUAUGAAGCCUUUCAUUCAGCGAAUCGCUGAUGGCAAAUCGUCUGGUAUCCUCUCUACUGAACCCAUCACUGAGCUUCUCACUAGCUCAGGGACUUCUGGUGGACAACCGAAAUUGAUGCCUUCUACAGCUGAAGAAUUGGAUAGGAAGACAUUUUUCUACAACAUGCUUGUGCCUAUCAUGAGCAAGUUCGUGAAUGGGCUCGAUGAAGGAAAAGGAAUGUAUCUUUUGUUCAUAAAACCAGAGAUCAAGACUCCUUCUGGCCUUAAAGCUCGUCCUGUGUUGACUAGUUACUACAAAAGUCAACAAUUCAAGAACAGACCAUUCAACAAGUACAAUGUCAUCACUAGCCCUAACGACACCAUUCUUUGUGAAGACAGCAAGCAAAGCAUGUACUGUCAGCUUCUUUGCGGUCUAGUCCAACAAUCUCAUGUCCUAAGACUCGGUGCGAGUUUCGCCUCUGCUUUUCUUCGAGCGGUCAAGUUCUUGGAGAGUCAUUACAAUGAGCUUUGUGCUGAUAUUAGGACCGGUACUAUCACUAGCUGGAUCACUGAGUCAGCUUGUAGAGACUCGGUUUUGUCGAUCCUUAACGGUCCAAAUCCAGAACUGGCUGAUGAAAUCGAGUCUUUGUGUGGUGCUAAGUCGUGGGAAGGAAUCUUGAGAAAGAUUUGGCCUAAGACUAAGUACAUUGAGGUGAUUGUUACUGGCUCAAUGGCUCAGUAUAUUCCGACACUCGAGUUUUAUAGCGGAGGUUUGCCUUUGGUUUCGAUCAUGUAUGGUGCAUCUGACUGUUUCUUUGGUAUUAACAUUAACCCUAUGUGUAAGCCAUCAGAGGUUUCUUACACACUUCUUCCUAACAUGGGUUACUUUGAGUUCUUGCCUGUUGACGACAAAUCUCUUGACAAAUCGCAUUCAACCGUUGAUGAUAAUGCUCUUAAGGGAGAAGAUCUUAUUGUCGAUCUUGUUAAUGUCGAAAUUGGUCGCUACUAUGAACUAGUCAUCACUACAUUCGCAGGUUUAUACAGAUACAAAGUAGAAGAUAAUCUAAAGGUGACUGGUUUCCACAACAAGGCACCUCAAUUCAGUUUCGUGGAGAGAAGGAACGUUGUCCUAAGCAUAGACACAGACAAAACCAGUGAAGAAGAUCUAAUGAAGGCAGUGACACAAGCCAAACUCAACCAUCUCCAGAAAAGCCUCUUGCUCACUGAGUACACAAGCUAUGCGGACACGUCAUCAAUCUCAGGGCAUUACGUGCUCUUUUGGGAGCUGAAGCCACGUCACGACAAUGAACCACCAAAGCUAGACAAGAAGACAAUGGAAGAUUGUUGCUCUGAGGUUGAAGAUUGUUUGGAUUACGUGUACAGGAGAUGCAGGAACAAAGACAAAUCAAUAGGUCCAUUGGAGAUAAGAGUGGUGAGUUUGGGUACCUUUGAUUCGUUAAUGGACUUUAGUAUCGCACAAGGAUCUUCAGUGAAUCAGUAUAAGACCCCAAGAUGUGUUACAUCUGGUGGAGCUCUUGAGAUUCUUGAUUCAAGAGUUACUAGGAGGUUCUUCAGCAAGAGAGUUCCCCAAUGGGAACCAUUUGGUUCAGAUUCUUAG